AUGCUUUUGUCCACGCUUAUAACCCUCACCUCACUCCUCGCUGCCUCUGCAUCGCCUGUUGGCAGCAAGCCAGAGGACAUUGACCCCAAUGUGGUUGAGGUGAACGCCUGGCUCGAUGACACAAGCAACACAACCACUCUCAUCAUCGGGUCUCGGUUCUAUAUCAAAGAGCCCGUCGACAAGCUGGACAAACGUGACUGCAUCCCUCGUCGAUGGACUACCAACAACGUCGACCGUACAGGCACGUGGUGGAGUUCCUGGGAAAAAGUUAGUGGCUGCAACUACAACACCAAAAGCUCUUCUACCGCGUCCUACAAUUUCCAAACAAGCCAGACAGUUACAAAGACCGUCUCCGGCAGCUUUGACGCGGGUAUCGGUAGCGUGGACGGCAUCGCCAAGACUAUCAACGGCAACGGGGGAUUAAGCCUGGGCUUUUCCUGGAGUACCAGCAAGACCACCGGCUUCGAGUUUACCUGCAACAUUAACCCUGGAGACAAGGCGUCAGUUUGGCAGCAGAACCUUAUGGGUUGGGCUGACACGGCGCAGCGCAGGUGUACCUCUGGCUGUGGUGAGGGUGAAUGGUGCAGUGAUUGGCAGUUUGGCCACAUUGAUUUCCCUCUCAAGGGCGGCUCGCAGACGAACCAGAAUCUCGGUUGCUCGUCUGGCGCUGACUCCCAUUGCCCUUAG